UAUGAGCAGCUCAUGGAUGAGGAGCUGGGGACAGUCGCCUCAGUUUCCCGCUCAGUUUCCUUGUACCAGACUUCCCUCUUUGCAGCAAUGAGGCGAAGGGCCGGGACUCCCUCGGGGCUCAGUUUCUGGAGCCCUGGAGAACCCGCCCCUCUCUCGCCUUAGGAGAAGGAAGGCCUGUGGUUUGUCGGACUAUCUUGGACUUCCUCGCCCCGAAGCAUCAAGCCUCAGCCGGGCCGAGAGGGAGCUGGGCGAAAGUUCGAAUCCCCACCUCGGCAGCUGCACCUGGCCCACCUGACCUCGCACUCCAUACACCGCAAGGCUCCCUUCUUCCUCCGAGAAGGCCGCCCUGCUUAGGCUGAGGACGCGGCACCCCAGGCUUGGAGCCGGCCGUUCUGGCGGCAGCCGCUGGGCUUUUAGUGUCGGGUGAGGGUGGCUCCUGGAUUUAGGUUAGUCCCGCCUGCCUCCUUUGUCACCUCAACGCCCGACACCUGCGCGGAAGGUGUGUGUGCGACUCCCAGGGCUGGUUCAUGGGGUACCACGACCUCGCCAACCCCAGUCUGAAGAGUAAACUAGGGUAGAGGCAGCGGGAUCCGGCUCUGGAGCCCGGGGACAGCUCUCCUCCCCCGCGGCGGGUCACUAGCGCGCCGCGCCCACCCGCCCGUCAGGACGGUGACCUCUCCACCCCUUUGAAUGCCCCGCCCCCUGUCCAGUUGGUCCCCACCCCACCUCUCCAUCCGCACACUCGCAGACUUGGGCUGGAGCCACCCUUGCCAGUAGCCCGGGUCCUGUGCACACUGGAGUUGCCGCCGCCGCUCACCCCAGCACCUGUAGGCCGUGUGUGCCCCCAACUGUCCUGAGUCCUCUGGGCCAAGGAGGGCCAUGAUUAUUCCGGCUGGAACCCCCGAGACCAGCUUGCUGCGGGUUUUGUUCCUGGGACUGAGUACCCUCGAUCGGGCCAAAUGAUGCUAUUCUUGAGCUGCUCCAGAGGUCUUCAUUGGAACCCAGCUACUUCCCAUUUUUCUCCUGAGGCACCCAGUUACCAAAAGGUCUGGCCAAGUAGGGGUCUUCGGCUCCAAGUGAGGCCAGAGCAGAAGGCUGGGAAGUCUUAGGACCUCUUGCAUGCCUAGUUUCUCACUGAAGGACUUCCUUCUCACUGGCUCAGCUGGAGCUGCACGUGCCCACCGGCCUCAGCAAAUUGGAGGCGGUAGAGGGAGAGGAAGUGGUGUUGCCCGCCUGGUACACGAUGACACGGGAGGAGUCUUCAUCCCACCCCUGGGAGGUGCCCAUCCUGAUUUGGUUCUUGGAACAAGAAGGGAAGGAACUAAACCAGGUGCUGUCCUAUAUCAAUGGAAUUUUGUCAAAAAAUUCUCGAGUAUCCCUUGUCCACUCUAUCUCCACACGGAACGUGUCUCUGAGGCUGGAGGCCGUCCAGGAGGAAGACUCUGGAACCUACCGCUGCUCUGUCAAUGUACAGGACAGUGAAAGCACAGGCCUGGGCCACAGCUCCAAAAGCCUAGAACUCAAAGUGCUGGUCCCUCCAGCUCUUCCAUCCUGUAGUUUCCAGGGUGUACCCUACGUGGGGACCAAUGUGACCCUGAACUGCAAGUCCCCAAGGAGUAAGCCUACUGCGCAAUACCAAUGGGAGAAGCUGGCCCCAUCCCCCCAGGUCUUCUUUGGACCAGCCUUAGAUGCUGUCCGUGGAUCCUUAAAGCUCACCAACCUUUCCACUUCCAUGUCUGGAGUCUAUGUCUGCAAGGCUCAAAACAGAGUGGGUUUUAGCCAGUGCAACGUGACCCUGGAAGUGAUGACAGGAUCUAAGGCUGCUGUGGUCACUGGAGCAGUUGUGGGCACUCUGCUUGGGUUGGUGCUGCUGGCUGGACUGGUCUUGUUAUACCAACGCCGCAGCAAGACCCUGGAGGAGCUGGCCAAUGAUAUCAAGGAAGAUGCCGUUGCUCCCCGGACUUUGCCUUGGACCAAAGGCUCAGACACAAUCUCCAAAAAUGGGACGCUUUCCUCCGUCACCUCAGCACGGGCUCUCCGGCCACCCAAGGCUGCUCCUCCAAGACCUGGCACAUUUACUCCCACACCCAGUGUCUCUAGCCAAGCCCUGUCCUCACCAAGACUGCCCAGGACAGACGGGCCCCCACCUCAGGCUGUAUCUCUGAGCCCAGGUGGGGUUUCUUCUUCUGCUCUGAGCCGUAUGGGCGCUGUGCCUGUGAUGGUGCCCGCUCAGAGUCAGGCUGGGUCUCUUGUGUGAUGGCCCGGGCACUCAUUGACUAAAUCUGGUAUCUCACCUUCCUGUAAAGGUCACCUGUGGUACAGAGGAAUGAAUCUUGGGGGGAUAGCCACACUCUAGACCUCCAGUCCUCUGCCCCUACCUCCUUUUAUUGUUGGAAAACUGGGCCUCAGUAGACUGAAGUCUGGGUCGAAGGAGAAACAAAGGAAGUGGACCUGAGAAGCGGGGGAGG